GCGUCUUUCUUAUUAAUCAAUUCCUCUCCUUCCGCUGAUGUAGCUAGAAAAACCGAGCAAGACGAAGUACAAGUGCGGUAAACAUCUCCCUUCACCAUAAUUCCCAAAAGAUGUCCACAAAUUGACCUAUUCUUCAAUUCGUCUCUUGCUAUGUUAAGAUGAAAUUCUGAUAAGGCAAAGCCGCAAAGUUGAGUUACCGUGAGAGCAGCUGCCCUCUUACUGUUCAACGAAAUGCCUAAGACAUGGUCUCCGUGUCUCACCCAUCGCCGCUCUAAAUCUUUUUAUUCCAUCCCCGCAGUUGAAUGCUCCAUAUAUCUCCUUACUUGGUUUCAUGUGUAGGCCCGUGUUAAAUGUCUGCUGUCCUCUAAAAUCUAUGUAGAAAAUGUUACAUUAUUGUAGAAAAUGUUACAUGAUUUAAUUUGGUGUACAUACUUAGCCGAAUAGAUUAGAAUAGAAGUUGUUAUUAAGAGAUAAGCUUGUAGUUAUCAAGAUCCUAUUUUUUAGGAUCUACACUAGCUGAUUAGUUACUUGUAUAUCUGUAUAAAUACUCUGGCCGAUUGGCAUAUUCAAUCAAUGAAAUCAAUUCCCAAAACCUACAUGGUAUCAGAGAAGGCUGUUUAAACACCACAAUGGUGGAAACCGAGCACUCUGAUUCUUCCCCUCACUCACAAACCCAUCAUCCUCACUCCCAAAUUAGCCAAAUGACAAACUACCAGACCUCGGUUAAUUCAUCUAUGCUCAUUACUGGACAUAGAUUGAAUGGAACUAAUUAUCUAGAAUGGUCACAGUCUGUCAAACUGGCAAUUGAUGGAAGGGGAAAACUGGGAUACAUAACGGGUGAAAUAGAGGAGAAGAAAAGUAGAGAUGAUGGCUACAGUGUCUGGAGGUCAGAAAACUCGUUGGUAACAGCCUGGCUUCUCAGUUCAAUGGAUGCAUCAAUCGCCAAACCUCACAUGUUCAUGAAAACUGCAAAAGAGGUAUGGGAUUCCAUUAAAGAAACUUAUUCAGAUCUAGAGAACUCUUCUCAGAUUUAUGAGUUAAAAACAAAGCUGUGGCAGUCCAAACAAGGAAGUAGAGAUGUCAUCUCAUACUAUAAUGAGAUGGUAUCCCUAUGGCAAGAGUUGGACCAAUGCUAUGAUGCUGAAGAGUGGGAGAGUGCCAAGGAUCUGGCAAGACACAAGAAGAGGGAGGAAAAUGAUAGGGUCUAUAUGUUCCUAGCAGGAAUUAAUAGAGACCUGGAUGAAGUUAAGGGAAGAAUACUUGGAAAAAAACCUCUGCCUUCAAUCAGGGAGGUAUUUUCUGAGAUCAGGAUAGAAGAUAGUAGGAAGAAAGUCAUGUACAAUACUCCAGCACAGGCUGAUGAACCUGGAGACUCUUCAGCAAUGGUGGCCAGAAGUGAAGAAAAGAAAAAACCCUGGUGUGACCACUGCAAGAAACUAUGGCACACUAGGGACACUUGCUGGAAAUUACAUGGGAAGCCACCAGGAGCAGGGAAGAAGAAGUUUGACAAGGCUCUACAUACAACUAUGGCUGAGACUCAACAAGAACCACAAGUCAACUUCACGCAGCCUUCCUUCACAAAGGAGCAGAUAGAGCAACUCCUUAACCUUCUCAAUACUCAAAAAAAUUCCAAACCAGAAUCUUCCUCUUGUUCUUAUGCCCAGAAUGGUACCACUUCAUCAUUUUUUUGUUCUGGGAAAUCUGAAAGUACCUGGGUCAUUGAUUCAGGUGCUACUGACCAUAUGACCUCCAUUUCAAACCUUUUCUUUUCAUAUAAACCCUGUGCAGGGGACAAAAAAGUAAAAGUGGCAGAUGGCUCUCUAUCAGCCAUUGCAGGGAUGGGAAAUAUUAAACUUUCCUCAUCUAUUAAUCUAUCCAAAGUCCUACAUGUCCCUAAUCUGUCUUGCAACCUUGCCUCUGUUAGUCAGUUAACAAAAGACCUACAAUGUUGUGUUAUUUUUUAUCCUUCUCAUUGCAUUUUUCAGGACCUGGCAUCGGGGAAGAUGAUUGGCAGUGCUAGGGAAGAGGAUGGACUCUAUAUCUUUGAUGAAGGAACUCAAUCAAAUAAAAGAGGUCAAAGAAAUGCUUGUCUGCAAACUGUUUCUUUUUCAAAUAAUAAAGAGUUGUAUUUACUUCACUACAGAUUAGGACAUCCUAGUUUUUAUUAUUUAAAAAAGGUGUUUCCUCAGUUAUUUAUUAAUAAAGAUGUGUCUUUGUUUCAUUGUGAUAUGUGUGCACUUGCAAAACAUCAUAAAAAUUCUUAUAUUCCCCACAGUUAUAAACCUACUAGUCCUUUUACUUUGGUCCAUAGUGAUAUUUGGGGUGCAUCUAGAGUACCUACUAUAAAAGGAAAGAGAUGGUUUGUAACUAUCAUAGAUGAUCAUACACGGGUCACAUGGGUAUUUUUGAUCAAAGAAAAAUCUGAAGUGGAAAAAGUGUUUAGGGAUUUUUAUGCAAUGGUCCAAACUCAAUUCAAUACCAAUAUUAAAAUGGUAAGAAGUGAUAAUGGCCGUGAAUAUUUUUCUCAAACCCUAAACAGUUUUUUUGCUGAAAAAGGAAUAAUUCAUCAAAGCUCCUGUAUCAAUACACCAGCUCAGAAUGGAAUUGCAGAAAGAAAAAAUAGACAUUUACUUGAAGUCACUCGUGCAAUCAUGUUUUCAACAAAAAUACCAAAAUAUUUGUGGGGAGAGGCUGUGUUACAUGCUACCUAUUUGAUUAAUCGAAUGCCAUCAAAAAUUCUGGGAUUUAAAAGUCCUAUCAACACACUACAAAACUGUUUUCCUACAAACAGAUUUAUUGGUACUCUUCCCUUGAAAAUAUUUGGUUGCACAGUGUUUAUUAAAAACCCAGAUAAAUCUGCAAGUAAGUUUGAUCCUAGAGGCACAAAAUGUGUUUUCCUAGGGAUUUCUUCCACUAAAAAAGGGUAUAAAUGUUUUGAUCCUAAAACACAAAAAAUGUUUGUUACAAUGGACACUUUUUUUGUGGAAGAUCAACCUUUCUUUGAUAAUCAUCUUCAGGGGGAGAAUUUGAGUAAAGAUGAUCAAACAGUGCCAUAUAUCCAUGAAAACCUUAAUUUUCUUGACAUUGAUCUAGAUGUUCAUUCCUUUAAAAAUAUAGGUGCAUAUGAAAAUAGUCAAGAAUUAACAAAUAAUGAAAUAAAUACAACUGAACCAAUUGAAAAAGGAGAUCAACAGACAAGUAAAUUCUUUGGCAAAGUUUAUGAGAGAAGAAUUCCAAAUCAAAGGAUAGAGGAAGUUCCUGAACCUACUUCUGUGCAUGAUUCUGACUCAAUGACAGGGAGUGAAAAAGGUAAUACUUCUAGUCAUCUUGAUCUUCCAAUUGCCCUCAGAAAAGAAAGAAGAACAUGUGUUAAAUACCCUAUCUCAAAUCAUGUUUCUUAUUCUAAAUUGUCCUCAGUUUUUGCAACAUUUACUUCCAGUGUUUCCUCUAUCUCUAUUCCUUCAACCAUACAGGAUGCUCUAUCUAAACCUGAGUGGAAGAAAGCUGUUUUGGAGGAGAUGGAGGCUCUUGAAAAGAAUCAGACAUGGAAGCUUGUAGAGUUGCCUAAAAACAAACCAACAGUUGGUUGCAGGUGGAUUUUUACUCCUAAGUUUAAAGCAGAUGGAAGUCUGGAGAGAUAUAAGGCAAGGUUAGUUGCUAAGGGGUACACACAGACCUAUGGCAUUGACUACACAGAAACCUUUGCACCAGUUGCAAAGUUGAACACUGUAAGAAUUCUAUUAUCUCUUGCUGCUAAUUUAGACUGACCACUGCAACAAUUGGAUGUAAAGAAUGCUUUCUUAAAUGGGAAACUUGAAGAAGAAGUGUAUAUGAAACCUCCUCCUGGAUUUGAGAACAAAUUUGGUUCAAAGGUAUGCAAAUUAGAGAAAGCUCUGUAUGGGCUUAAACAGUCUCCAAGAGCCUGGUUUGAUAGGUUCACAAAAUUUAUAAAGAAGCAAGGGUUUAAUCAGGCUCAAGCUGAUCAUACAUUAUUCAUGAAGUUUUCAGGCAAGGGGGAGAUUGCAAUACUAAUUGUCUAUGUAGAUGAUAUUAUCCUCACAGGAAAUUAUCAUACAGAGACUAAGAACUUAAAAGAAAAGCUUGCUCAGGAAUUUGAAGUCAAAGACCUAGGAGAUUUAAAAUACUUUCUGGGAAUGGAGAUAGCUAGAUCAAGAAAGGGUUGUUGUCUCACAAAGAAAAUAUAUCUUAGAUCUUCUGCAGGAAACUGGGAUGAGUGCAUGCAAACCAGCAGACACUCCAAUUGAUCCAGGUCAGAAGUUGGGAGAUAUCAAGGAGGGAAUUCCAGUUGACAUUCACCAAUAUCAAAGAUUGGUGGGAAGAUUAAUAUAUCUGGCACAUACAAGGCCAGAUAUUGCAUUUGCAGUAAGUAUGGUGAGCCAGUUUAUGCAUAAUCCUUUCCAGGAACAUCUUGAUGCUACUUACAGGAUUCUAAGGUACCUGAAGAGCUGCCCAGGGAAAGGAUUGUUCUUCAAAAAAGGAAACAGUAGGACAAUUGAGGCCUAUACUGAUGCAGAUUAUGCUGGCUCAAUAUCUGAUAGGAGGUCUACUUCUGGAUAUUGUACCUAUGUAUGGGGCAAUUUAGUAACUUGGAGAAGUAAGAAACAAAAUGUGGUUGCUAGAAGUAGUGCAAAAUCAGAAUUCAGAUCUAUGGCAAAUGGAAUAUGUGAAUUGCUCUGGAUCAAGAGAGUAAUCACAGAACUGAAGAUGGAGAUGGAACUACCUAUGAAGUUGUACUGUGAUAAUAAAGCAGCUAUAAGCAUUGCUCAUAAUCCUGUGCUACAUGAUCGAACUAAGCACAUUGAAGUGGACAGACAUUUCAUUAAGGAGAAGAUAGAAGCUGGAAUUGUUUGCACACCAUUUGUAUCUACUAAAGAUCAAACAGCUGAUAUCUUCACCAAAGGAUUAUUUAAACCUGUGUUCGAACUGCUUAUAAACAAGUUGGGAAUGUAUGAUAUAUAUUCACCAACUUGAGGGGGAGUGUAGAAAAUGUUACAUUAUUGUAGAAAAUGUUACAUGAUUUAAUUUGGUGUACAUACUUAGCCGAAUAGAUUAGAAUAGAAGUUGUUAUUAAGAGAUAAGCUUGUAGUUAUCAAGAUCCUAUUUUUUAGGAUCUACACUAGCUGAUUAGUUACUUGUAUAUCUGUAUAAAUACUCUGGCCGAUUGGCAUAUUCAAUCAAUGAAAUCAAUUCCCAAAACCUACAAUCUAAAAUCGCUGUAGUUUUAAAAUCACUAUAUACUCAUUGUAGUAGAAAUAGGUUUGACAGUUUGGCUUAUUUCUCAAGUACAUUUUUAAUACUUUUACAUACAUACAUUUCAUGAAAUUAGUCCCUUAAAAAUAAUAAGCUAAAUAGUACGCAGUAGUUCCAUAAAUAAAUUAAGGCUGUCAUAAUGUUAGUGUUUUGGUGAAAACUGAUGCUUUAGCAACAGAACUUGAUUUGUGAGGUCAUCAAGGUUUUCCCUUGAGCAAAAUGACGAAUGGAAGGACCACCAUUCUGGCCAGCAAUUGGCAUCUAUACAUUGCAACACAAUCACAAAAAUAUUUGAAGCUACAUCAGAAUCCAUUUUAUAGUGGAAAUUAUAUAAAUGAGGAUAGUAUUACUCCUGUUAGUCUUUGAAACACAAUUAACAACAGCAGCAACAGACUAACUUUAUCAAACUUGGAGAAAUUAUGCUACAGUGUAACCAUCUUUAAAAGCUAUUUUCCAUUUUGAUAAUUAACACACACAUGUGUGUCUGUGUGUGUUUUCCCAAUUCAGCCCAAUAGAACUGUCUUCUAAAUUUUCUUGGACAAACAUAUAUAGUUACUAUGGUUGAUUUCCUUAUAGUUGUCUGUACUGUGAAAAGCAACACCAUUCUCCCAUCUUAAUUAAUGAAUAUAUACUCUAAAUAUCACAAUGACAUUUGCUAAUAUUAACUUCUAUAUGGGAACUGUGUUUUGCUGCGCAUAAAUUGUAAACCUCAGUUCAGUAAAGUAUCAUGUGUGCCGACCUACUUUUUUCAAGUGUAGACAAGACAAUUUAUGGUUCUUCAAAUCUAUAAUUCUUUUAGAUUUUAACUGACCUACAAUGACUUUUCAAGUGUAGUUUCAUCAAAGCUAUAACCAUAAACAAUUUUUGGUACUCCGAUUGUUUUAUGUUGUUAGCUAAACGUGAACAGAAAUAACUCCAAACAUAUCCUUCUUCAAUUAUAAGUUAUGAAUAUGGAGUGAGACAUAAUGCAGGUUUCAAGAGCAUCUCUGUCACAAUUCUCCAUAAAAUUUUCAGAAAUUGAUAACUUCUCUAUCCCUCGCCAUUGUAAAGUUUUUUUUGUAUAUAGUAUUUACCAUGUCAUGGUGACUUUGGUCAUAUGUGUUAUCCUUUUAAUGAUUUCUAAAAUGUUAUUAAUGAUAAUUCCUUUUUUACAGUAUUGCACCUUGGUAAUUAUGUACUUUUAAACCUAAUGUUGACAUCCAAGUAGAGUAAGAGUUUUGUUGACAUCAAUCAAUCAGUAAGUAAAGAUUUCAAGGUGAUGGUAAUGGUAGUAUGAAGGUUGGAACGAAUCAUAUAUGAACAUGUGAACAAGAUUUUAAGACUUCAAGUCUUGAAGAAUUUUAAGCCAUCUUAAAACUCAAAGUAGCUAAGUUCAGCAGCCAUGUGGUUGCUUACACACGUAUCAUGGCAAUUUUGUUAUCAUAUGCUCUUAGCCAACACAUGCUAUAUAUUAUAUCUUGGUUAUAACACGAAGAAAUCCCCCUCUGAACUCCGAAGAACAAGAGCCAAAGAAGAAGAAAGUUGUUUAUUCAAUUGAACCAGGGUUUUUAAUUCCUUACCCGUCCAAUGUCAUUUUCUUCAUUCAAGAACAUCAAUUGAUACGAAAAUGCAAGUUUAUUCGAUGGGACCGGGUAAGUUUUAACUCUUUCAGUGAUUCAGCUUCUUAUUAAUUUGAUUCAAAUUUCUAUAAUUCUGUGUAUUUGACGUCAUUGAUACAAUUUUUUUUAUCUAAGUCGUCCGUAUGCAUUUCUGAACUCCAAUGGAGAACAGAGUACAAACUAGAACUACUACAAUAACCUCAAAGAAAUCUCAGUCGAAGAACAUAAAUCGAAAAACAGAAGGGCAGUAUAUUCGAUUGAAUAAGGUAAUCUUAAAAUCAAUUGGAUUUAAACAUUGAUAUUCCUUUUAUCUAUGGAUUAAUUUGAAUACAUAUAUGUGUUUAAGAUUACACUCAAUUUUAUCUUAAUAAAGAUAAGUAGAUAACUAUAGGGAGAUCUAAGUUUAAUACUUCCUAUGUCCCAAAAGAGGAAUCCUAUUUCAAGAAAAGAAGCUAAAUUUCAUUGAAUUUAAUGUAAAUUUUCCAAGAUACAAGUAUGUCAAUUUUAGUUGAAAAAACUAACAAAUAUAAACAUAUAAGCUGGUUUGAUAAUUUAUUAGAGUUUUACACUUGUACCAAAUCAAAAUUUAAAAGCUAUACAUUUAUGAGACAAAUUUAACCACAUAAACUCAUUAUUCUACUAUACGUGCCGCCUAGUAGAGUAAGUUAAUCUCAAAGGCUAUCCAUGUAAUUCUAAAGUCUACUUCUGUUUAACGUAAUCUUUAACGUUUUACAAUAAUACCUCGCAUGUGAUUUAGUAAUUGUAUUUUUUUCUCAUACCACAUGUGUGCAACAUAUGAGUCCUUCGUCUAGUAAAAAUAAAUCA